AAACCUACAAGAUUGAUUAUACACAAAGAUUGAGCUAAACAACAAAGAUAUCUACGAGUACCAUUUAAUACAUACACUUAUUUUACACCAAAUUAGUAGAGUAAGACCCACCAUUUGCUGUCUCCACCUUCACUCAUAGCAGUAAACAUACACUUCCACACCCAAAUUAACACAAACAAUCAUGAACAUAAACACCACCUAAUAACCAACUCACAAAAAACUCCUCAAAAAUGCCCACAUUUCUUCUCAUGAUCUCCCUCCCCCUCCUCCUCAUCUUCUCUACCGAAGCCGCCUUCGGUAUCGGCGUCGGCAUGGGUGUCGGCAUUGGCGGAGGAACUGCAGGUGGAGGCGGUGGUGGUGGAAGUGGGGUUUGGAUUGGCGGUGGUGACAACAAUCCAAAUUCACCCCCACAACAACAACAACAACAACAACCAUCACCACCGCCACAACCAUCACCACCUAGUCCUAGUCUAAGUAAGGCUUACACAGCUCUGCAAGCAUGGAAAGCUGCAAUAACUGAAGACCCAAAUGGGGUUUUAACCAAUUGGGUGGGCCCAAAUGUAUGCAAUUACAAAGGUGUAUUUUGCUCAUCUUCUCAAGAGAAUUAUGAUGGUGAUAAUAUUUCCCCUGUUUAUUCCUCUGUUUCUGCUAUAGAUCUUAAUCAUGCAAAUCUCAAGGGUAUUCUUGUCAAAGAACUUACUCUUCUCACUGAAUUAUCUCUCCUUCACCUUAAUUCCAACAGAUUUUCAGGUACAAUCCCUCAAAAUUUCAAAGAUUUUCAAUUUCUCACUGAAUUAGACCUAAGUAACAACCAAUUUUCAGGCACAUUUCCCAAUCCCAUCCUUUACAUGCCAAACCUCAUCUAUCUUGAUCUUAGAUUCAACAAUUUUUAUGGGUCAAUUCCUGAUGAUCUUUUCACAAAACAACUUGAUGCAAUUUUCAUAAACAAUAACCAAUUUCAUGGUACACUCCCACAAAAUUUGGGCAACUCCCCUGCUUCUGUCAUUAACUUGUCAAACAAUAAUUUUUCUGGGGGUAUUCCUGCAAGUUUAGGGUUUGUCAACUCUGCAUUGAAAGAAAUCCUGUUUUUAAACAACCAAUUAAGUGGGUGUAUCCCAGAAAAUUUGGGGUUGUUCUCUGAUAUUACUGUUCUUGAUUUGAGCUUUAAUUCUUUGAUGGGUCAUUUACCAGAUUCAUUGUCCUGCCUGGAUGAUAUACAAGUUUUGAACUUGGCACAUAAUAAAUUAUCUGGGGAGUUACCAGAUUUAGUAUGUUCAUUAAAAAAUUUGUUGAAUUUGAGCAUUGAGUAUAAUUUCUUUUCUGGGUAUAGCUCAAAAUGUUCAAGUUUGUUCAUGGGAAGUAUUGGGUUUGAUUUUUCAUUGAAUUGUAUACCUGGUAAAAUGAUGCAGAGGCCUCCACCAGAGUGCUAUGGAAUUCCUGGAACUGAUUCAGAUAGUUGUUUCAGGAUUCCUGCUAAGCCUCUUGUUUGUGGUGGGUCUUUGCUUGAUCUUAUUCUAAAUCUUGGAAGUGUUCCACUUUCUCCUUGAAUUCUGUGGGAGUUUUGAUUUUUUUAGGGUAUUAUUACUCGGUAAUCAGGGUCCGAUUAAUUCAGAUUCGAGCCAACAAAUGUUGCUGUGUUCUCCGGGCUUUAGUGUCAGCUGAUUCAAGCACUUGUUGAUAUGAUAGUAUUUUAGGAUAUACCACUCGGUUAUUAGGGUCCGACUAAUUCAGAUUCGAGCCAACAAAUGUUGCUGCAUUCUCAGGGGUAUCAGCUGAUCCAAUCACUUGUUGGUACAAUAGUAUUUUAGGGAAUAUCAUUUGGUAAUUAGGGUUCGAUGACUAAUCCAGAUUCGAGCCAACAAAUGUUGUAUUAGCUGAUUUAAGCACUUGUUGGUACGAUUGUAUAAGGAGGGUUAUUAACAAAGUUAGUUGGUGUAAGUUUUUGUUUGUAAAAGAGGUUGGUGAAAGGGUAUGCUAUCUCAUUUAGUAGUAUUGAUGAUAGUUGAUGAUUCUGACAUGUAACUAUAUGCUAUUUAAUUUGAUGCUCAAUAUUGUAUGUAAUCCAUUUAUUAGUACCUUUCCUUCC